AUUCAUAUUGUGUAGAAGGACACAUUCAGAUGAUUUUCUGAUGCAUCUCAAUGGAAAUUGUCUUAUUAUAUGCUUUUAUGACUUCUGCUGUAUGUGUGUUCAUAGCGGUAGAAAAAUAAAUGCAGCAUAGCCUGUGCUAAGAGACACACUCAAUCCUUAUAAGGCACCAUAGUCCAGCUUGUUAAGCAGCUUACAAUCCUCUUAUUCAGUCUACACCUUCUGUUUCCCUUGAUCUAACAUGACAAUGGCGAUGAAAUAGUCUCCCUGCGUUUGCUGAUCAUUAUAAUGUACCAUUUCUGACUUCCAUACCUACUCUCUUGAAAUCAGGUGCAGAGUGUGAUUAAGGACCAUGGGCCUAUUUGACAGGCUUGCAGGAUGGCUAGGCCUGAAGAAGAAAGAGGUUCAUGUGUUAUGUCUCGGGUUAGACAACAGCGGAAAAACCACCAUAAUCAACAAACUGAAACCGGCAAAUGCCCAAGCUCAGGAUAUAGUUCCAACAAUAGGAUUUAGCAUAGAAAAGUUCAAGACAUCCAGCUUGUCUUUCACUGUUUUCGAUAUGUCUGGCCAGGGAAGAUACAGGAAUCUCUGGGAGCAUUAUUACAAGGAAGGCCAAGCUAUUAUUUUUGUCAUUGACAGCAGUGACAAGCUCCGAAUGGUUGUGGCCAAAGAGGAACUGGAGACCCUUUUAAAUCACGCAGAUAUUAAACACAAGCGGAUACCAAUUUUGUUUUUCGCUAACAAGAUGGAUCUCAGAGACUCCCUGUCAUCCGUGAAAGUGUCUCAGAUGCUGUGCUUAGAAAACAUCAAAGACAAGCCAUGGCAUAUUUGUGCAAGUGACGGCCUUAAAGGAGAGGGACUACAGGAAGGUGUAGACUGGCUGCAGGAUCAAAUUCAAGCAAUAAAGAACUAAAGUGAUGUGCUAACGAAUUCCAUUAAUAAGGACCAAACUAAUUGCUAAUUCGUUUACAGUCAUAAUACUUGAUGGGGUACAAAGUUAAGGAAAGGUCACAGAGUUUUAUUUAGAGCCUCAGGUAUCAUGUUUAUGUACAUAUC